CGGCCGCAGGAGAGGCGUCCACGGCGGCGGCGGAGCGGGCGGCCGAGCAGGGCGGCGGCGACUCGAUAAGGCAACUAAGGCUCAGCUCCAAAGACCAGAGACUGAGGUUCAUGAUUGCUGGGCUUGAGACCCCAGGGUCUUUCCACAGCACCAUCCUCCACUAAUGCUUACUAAAGCAUUUGGGAUAUCAGCUUACCAUCCAGCUACGGAUGAAAUUUAGAAGCAUCGCAGGGUACCACCAUCUUAAGGACAGAAAAGCUACAGGACUUUAGGAGGCCACGGUCCUGAUUUGGGAAGCCCAACUUCUUUUGGCCAGACAGCAGCUAAGCUGAUUCAUCCCAUCAGCCUGGAUUGGUGAAACUGAAUCACAGGAGAUAUUUCCAGGUUUGCUGGGAUGGGAAAUCUGCUCAAAGUCCUUACCAGGGAAAUUGAAAACUAUCCACACUUUUUCCUGGAUUUUGAAAAUGCUCAGCCUACAGAAGGAGAGAGAGAAAUCUGGAACCAGAUCAGCGCCGUCCUUCAGGAUUCUGAGAGCAUCCUUGCAGACCUGCAGGCUUACAAAGGCGCAGGCCCAGAGAUCCGAGACGCAAUUCAAAAUCCCAAUGACAUUCAGCUUCAAGAAAAAGCUUGGAAUGCAGUGUGCCCUCUCGUUGUGAGGCUAAAGAGAUUUUACGAGUUUUCCAUUAGACUAGAAAAAGCUCUUCAGAGUUUAUUGGAAUCUCUGACUUGUCCACCCUACACACCAACCCAACACCUGGAAAGGGAGCAGGCCCUGGCAAAGGAGUUUGCCGAAAUUUUACAUUUUACCCUUCGAUUCGAUGAGCUGAAGAUGAGGAACCCGGCUAUUCAGAAUGACUUCAGCUACUACAGAAGAACGAUCAGUCGCAACCGCAUCAACAACAUGCACCUAGACAUUGAGAAUGAAGUCAAUAAUGAAAUGGCCAAUCGAAUGUCCCUCUUCUAUGCAGAAGCCACACCAAUGCUGAAAACCCUUAGCAAUGCCACAAUGCACUUUGUCUCAGAAAACAAAACCCUGCCAAUAGAGAACACCACAGACUGUCUCAGCACAAUGACAAGUGUCUGUAAAGUCAUGCUGGAAACUCCGGAGUACAGAAGUAGGUUUACGAGUGAAGAGACCCUGAUGUUCUGCAUGAGGGUGAUGGUGGGAGUCAUCAUCCUCUAUGACCAUGUCCACCCUGUGGGAGCUUUCUGCAAGACGUCCAAGAUCGAUAUGAAAGGCUGCAUAAAAGUUUUGAAGGAGCAGGCCCCAGACAGUGUGGAGGGGCUGCUAAAUGCCCUCAGGUUCACUACAAAGCACUUGAAUGAUGAAUCGACUUCCAAACAGAUUCGAGCAAUGCUUCAGUAGAGCUCUGCUCCAAGAAGAGGAUCUAUGUGCUGACCUCAGAAGAUGUAUAUGUUUACAUAAUUUAAUACAGAUUGAUGUUAAUACUUGUGUAUUUACAUAACCGUUUCCUUCUUGUCACUGAAAUAUAUGGACCUUAAUUUGUAUCCUGACUGACUCAACCCAGCAGAGCAUAAAUUGACUGAGAGCCUUACCUUUGAUGUCUGAAAUGAAACCCCUUUCUCCAAAGGCAAAAUUCAGAGACUUUGAUCUUUGCUACUGGAGUCCUUUAACAACACCUGUAACGAUAAAAAAUUCCUAAUUGUU